CACUGCAGUGCAGCAGCCAACCAGCAACCAGCGAGCCGACUGUCUACUCACACAGAAAUAUGGACGAAACGAUGCUACGACUCAACGACUGUCAGACUGACCCCCUCUGCAUGGGCCCAUAAACAUGUCCACAGAUGACAGUAUCUCUGAGGAUGUGUCCAGCUCGGGGGCUUUGAGCCAUUGCCAUGUCAGUGCUGACGGGGAUGUGGGUAAGGAGAGCGAGACCUCUCUGGUGUCCUCUGAGGGGACAUCGGCCUCGGGGCUGGCCGUCUCUGAGGACAGACACACGACCUCCCAGACAACAGGAGGCACUGUGGCGAGCAGGCCCGUGGACAUCACACCAGCAUGCAACAAGAUCAGGAGUCUGUGUCUGAGCACAGAUGAAGCGUUCGAACAAGGGAAGAGCCUCCCAUUCAUCAACCCAAGCUCCCUGGAGACCCUGAGGGCUUUGGUGCAGGAGAUCCAGAGCAGCGGAGAGACCGACCCUGAGAUCUGGAAGGAUUGCGAGGGCCGAUGGUUGCAUCUGUUUCAGCUGGUCGAGAAGCAAUACCAAGAGCAAAUACUCGCUCAGCAAGAACAAUACCAGUGCCAAAUACAGUUGAUUCAGGAUGAAAUCAAAGCUCUGGUUCAGCUCCAGAACCGCCAGGCCAGCGUCCAGCCGCACACUGAGUUCUCUCCAACUUCGGGGAUCAAAACUUCCACCAACACAAAGGACUUUAUCUUCCCCCUCAUCUCCAGUGACUGCACAGUCCCCAAAACUGGAGCCAGUGACAAUGACAGCCUGGCAGCCCCGGCCCACACCCCUUUUAGCUCCCCUUCACCUCCGCUCCCUAGAUCAGAGACCGCCAACCAGGGGGAGGAGCGGGCGACCACCGUGCUCAGCAGCGGGUACGGGACUCUGUCUGCCUGGGAAACAGGUCUGGAACCUGCUGUGUCUCCAGGGGACGAUGAGGACGGUGGUCCAGUGAGGGAGAAGCUUCACUGGUCCCCGAACUUCCAGGAAGACACAGAGACGACUGUGAUUGGGUGCCAGCAGGAUUCCUCGCAUGAGAGGACUCUGGGAGUGAAUGAACCCAACACGUUAAUGUACCAGCAGAGAACCUCUGGCACCAGCCAGCUUUUGACCUCGUGGGCCCAGAGGCAGAAACUCAGGCCCAAGAAGAGCAAAGCAGGACCAGCUUCAUCCCAGACCGCUGAGCACCAGGAGCAGCCACGCAGCCUCAAAGACCCCCACAAACAAAACGCCCCAGAGAGCUCAGACCUCCAGGACCAGCAGCGAGCGGCCGGGCCGUCGUCCAGCUCCUUCCCCCUGAGGAGGAGUGACAGCCUGAUGUCUGAGGCGUCAGGCCUCACUUACUGGCGUCUGAAUGAAAGUGAGCUGUAUCACCCCCUCCCGGACAGCUUCGACAGUGGCGCUUACCUCCUUCUGCAAGAGGCGUCCAUGAGUCUUGAGCCUCGUCUGUCCCUCAGAGAGAUCUACCAGAAUAAGCAAAGAUCAGACUGUAAACGGUCAGACUGGGAGGGCUCUGCUACGUCCAGUCCUUCGUCCCCACAGGUGUUGACGUUGGACCCAGCGGCUAACCAGCGGCAGUCCGAUCGCACCUCUGGCUUCACUUCGCCCUCUCACUUCAGCAGCCCUUCGUACGCCGCUCAGCCGCACCUCUACCCCAGAGUCGGGACCCCUGUGACCCCCGACAGCAUGGCGGAGGGCAGCCCAAACCCCGGAGACACAGACUGCAUCUCUGAUACCUCCAGCGUCUCGGCCGCCGGGCCUUCCCCCUCGCAGGUGCAGAGCUCGUGGGGAAACCAGGCGGCCGUGUUUACCUCCCAGGAGAAGACGCAGCCCGGCUCCCACACAUCCAGCCAGCAACACAGAGCCAGCGCCCCGUUAGCCAGCGAGGAGGAGGCGAGUCACACGCACACCAGCACCCUGAAGCCUUGUUCAGCCUCUGGUGCUUCUCUGCGGCCGUCAGCCAGUCCACACGUGGAGAGAGCUUCAUCACUAGAAGACCCUGUCGUCCUUUCUCUACUGAGGCAGAACCUGCGAGAGAAGCACUCUCGACACGUGGCCGAUCUGAAAGCGUAUUACGAGUCUGAGAUCCAGAUCCUGAGAGACAAACUGAAGCUCAGAGAUCUGCCGCAGGAUUUAGAGAAGAGCAACCAGGUCCUCACUGAGAGAUGUAAGCACUUAGAAAAAGCUCUGGCUGAAGCCACCAGUCGCAUUCAAGAACUCGAGGCAACAAACGGCUUACUGGAGAAAAAACUGGCUGAAUGGCCGGAGCGGUAUGCCGUAGCAGGUGCUACUGUGAAAUCUUUGCAGCAGCGACUUGAAGAAAGCAAACGCUCGAGCAAAGAGAAGGACGCCUCGGCAGCACGUUUGAAGACCCACGUCCGGCAGCUGGAGGAGUCGGUGCAGAAAGCCUGCAGGGAGGCGGCGGAGAGCGAGGCGAGGAGGGAGAGGGAGUACAAGAUGCUGCAGGACCUGCUCGGAGAAUAUGACUCUCUGCUGAAGGAGCACGAGGGGCUGAAGAACAACCUGGUGUCAGCGGAGAACAAGCUCGUCGAUGCCAACGAUCUGAUAUCAGAGCUGAAGAGAAUAAUCUCCAAGCUGGAGUCUCAGGUGAAGCAGCUGGAGCACGAAAACCAGGCGAGGGCACGUUUCUCUUCCCACAGUAACACACAACCCUCCGGAGCCGGACUUUUCCACCAUCCUGACCUGCUGCUUUCACCAAGUAAAGGCAAAGUAGAGCCAGACGUCACCCGCAGGAAGUCCCCCUGUCCUCUGUCCGACCAGCCGUCCGGCGGCAGAAAAUCACCUUUCCCUCAAACCAACCAAUCAAGUCUUCACAAGAAGUCCCAGUAUCCAUCAAGCGAUCAAUCGUCGGGAACUGGGAGCUCUGUGGACGCCUCUUCAGCCGGUGGGAGCUGGAGGUGUUCGUCUCCGCCAGAGUGUGAACAGUCUCUGCCUCAGCACCGACUCCAGGAGCAGAGCCAGCGGGAGGCGGCUCGCAGAGAGGCGAACUGCGCCCUGACGCCCAUGAUGAGGGCGCUGAUAGAGCUGGAGGAGACCAGAGCCACGGAGAGCCGGGCCCCCUGUAAGAUCAGCCCCUCCACCACCCACAGGGUCGGCAAUCAGAGGACCACCGUCGGGUUUGUGGAGCGGAAACACAAAGAGGUGAUUCAGGAGCGAGUUGGGCUUCAGGCGGACAGAGAGGUGGUUAAACCUGGAGGAGUCGGCGUGGCCCGAACUGAUGGAGGAGGAGGAGGAGGAGGAGGAGGAGGAGGAGGAGGAGGAGGAGGAGGAGCAAAAAGAGCUGCAGCUCUGCUGAGAGCUCAGAGGAGUCUGUCUCCAGAGGGCCACAGAUCCUCCUCACUGCCUCCUCCAGAACAACGAAACAGACCCACGACCACGCCCACAAAAAGAGGAACUUUACUCACGCCCAUGUCUGCAAAGUCCAGUCCGAAACGCUGCCCCACCGAGAACUACUCCACUGCUUUCGGUCACCUGAUGCCGAGAGAGGAACACCUGCACAAAAGGAUCGAUGGACAAGUUGACCAGAGACGUCAUUCAUUCCACAGCGGCAGUCCCAGGAAGAGACUCCAGUUUACGUCCGCAGACAAAGACGAUGACCUCCAGCAGCCAGAGACCUCCUGCAGCGUGAACCCACCGGAGGGAAACUCCCAGCUGGGCUGGGAGGAGCAGGCAGCGUGCGGAGGAGCUGAGCUGCAGGACUCCUGCGAGGACUCGGCUCCUCUCCUCCUGGACAGACUCCACUCGCUGGCUGAGGCCGAGAAACUGUUUGACGAGCUGACGCAGGAGAAACUGCAGGAGGAAGAAGAAGCUGGAGAUGGACUGCAGGUCAGUGACAUCAUCUCAUAUCUGUACUUUCGAUACUCCAAUGUUUUGUGUCAGCUGUGA